AUGACCAAACCCGGGCUAUGGGACCGCUCUAAACGUCGCUUGAAGUCCUAUGUUGCCCCCGCCGCUCUUAUCCGCUCCACCAACGACUCUGAGAUUUCAGAAGACGACUAUGAUUCUGACGAGUACGAUGAUGACGACUCUGACGAUAGUGAUGAUGACGAUGAGGACGAUGAGGAUGAUGAGAUCACAUUCUCACGGCGCAUAUCCCCAGCGCCGGUAUGCGGAACAGCUAGAAACGACCUCUUGUGGCCUUCCGAUAAGCGCCAGCUGAAAGUGCGCUUCCUUAACGGUACGACACAAGAAAAGGACUAUGUGAAACAGCUUGUCAAUAAGCAUUACAACUCACUUCCUCUGCGGAUCAAGUUCUUCUUCUUUACAGACGGAACUUCUGGCGACUCGGACAUCCGCGUCCAGUUCAACGACAAGGAGUCUUGUAGCUACCUUGCCCGCGAUGCAGAGCGUUACCCCAAUAAGCCCACCUUAUGGAUUAAUCGGUCGACGACAAUAAAAUCGGCGGAAACAAGAAGGCAGUGGCUCCAACGCACAAUAUUGCAUGAGUUAGGUCAUGAGUUGGGCAUGGAGCACGAACAUGGACAUCCAGACUGUCGUGCCGACUGGAACCGGAGGGUCCUACAGGCAAAGACAGGAUGGACUGCGGAAAAGGUGCAGCAUAAUUAG